UGCACGAGUCACACACAUACACAGCUAUGUUCCCUUGUUUCUCUUCUCCCACGAGCCCGCACUGCACACUCACUCACACACGCUGUCGCCUUCCGAGGAAUAUCAUACAAAGUUUCAGAGCCAUACAGUGAUCAUGCUGGAAGAAUAGAUCCGCCUGACAUCGCUUUGAUUUGGAGCGCGAGCGCCGUAAACGCUUCUGACUCAGCGAGACGCGACACAUCUACCGGGAGCAGGAGUCAGGACUCAGGAUGGCUCUGGAUGUUGGUGGACUGGUGGCAGUGGUGGUCUUCUAUGUCCUGAUCCUGGCCAUAGGCAUCUGGGCCUCCAGGAAGUCCAAGAAGGAGGAGGAGAAUUGUGUGGGCAGCAAGAGUGAGGUCACCAUGGUAGGAGGACGCAAUAUCAACAUUUUGGUUGGGGUUUUCACUAUGACAGCGACGUGGGUUGGAGGCGGCUACAUCAUGGGCACUGCAGAGGCUGUCUACUCUCCCUCUCAAGGUCUCAUCUGGGCUUUGGGGCCCCUGGCUUAUCUUAUCACCUUCCUAUUGGCAGGGCUAUUUUUUGCUAAGCCAAUGAGAUCACAGCGCUACGUGACGAUGAUGGACCCGUUUCAGCAUCGCUAUGGAAACUCGAUCACCACCGCAUUGCUGCUUCCUGCACUGAUUAGUGACGUGCUCUGGGUGGCCUGCAUCCUCGCUGCCCUGGGAGGGACGAUGAGUGUGAUUCUGGGCUUGUCCUCGUCCUACUCCAUUGCUCUGUCUGCAGCAGUAGCCAUCACCUACACACUGAUGGGAGGGCUCUACUCUGUGGCCUACACAGACGUCAUCCAACUCUUCUUCAUGUUCAUCGCUCUGUGGCUCUGUGUUCCCUUUCUGGUUCUCAACCCAGCAUCCUCGGAGGUCACACUCGCAGCCUUUUUCAAUCAAUCACAGCAGGCGCCCUUGAUGGGUGAACUGAAGUUGGAACAUGCUGGGAAAUGGAUAGAUGAGCUGCUUUUAUUGGCAUUGGGAGGCCUGUCCUACCAGGCUCUGUAUCAGCGUAUCCUCUCUGCAGCAUCGUCCACUCAGGCUCAGGUCACCUGCUUCGCUGCAGCCGGAAUAGUCGUCAUCAUGGGAGUACCCUCGGUCAUCAUAGGAGCAGUGGCAGCCUCCACAGACUGGAACCAGACGGCUUACGGCCUGCCCUCUCCGUUUGCCCGUGGGGAGGCAGGCAAGGUGCUGCCUCUGGCCCUGCACUACCUCACCCCUCCCUGGGUGUCUGUGGUGGGCGUCGGGGCCGUGGCUGCAGCUGUUAUGUCCUCCAUGGACUCUGUCCUCCUCUCCUCCGCAUCCAUGUUCACUCACAACAUCUACAAGGGCACUCUCAAGGCACAGGUGUGUGUGUGUGUGUGUGUGUGUGUGUGUGUGUGUGUGUGUGUGUGUGUGUGUGUGUGUGUGUGUGUGUGUCGCAGGGGGGAAGGGGGAGCGUCCGAGUUGGAGCAGUUGGAACUGCGGGUCGUCCUCCUGGCCUGCUGCUCAAAGAAUGAAGCCAGACUUCCAAGAGGUGACCCCCAGGGGGGUCACAGGUCGUCCUCCUGGCCUGCUGCUCAAAGAAUGAAGCCAGACUUCCGAGAGGUGGAUGGCUACAUUUGA